UUACAUCAAAUGUAUCGAAUGUGAAAAGAUGGAACUAAUAUUUAUUGCACUGCAUAUAUUAACCGUCUCUUUUGUAAAAGGCGAUGCUAAAAAACUACUCUGCGGACCAAACAUAUUUAGUCUUAUUAAAUAUGAUCCAGAGACACAUGUUUGCCGUGAUAAUGUGGUAGUUCCAAUAACGGACUCAAACUCUUUAGUCAAUGGAGAGGAAUCCAAAAUACAUAUCACUGCUACCCGGGUACUGAACGGUCGACACACAAAGACUCGCGUGCCUGAAAAUCUUCCAAAACACUCCACUACUUCUCUCACCACUACGGAAUCAGAGACACUGCUCUGUGGGGACAAUUUACAGAAUUUAGUAAAGUACAAUACCAAAACACACAAAUGCGAAAAUGGCAAAAUAGUAAUGAUAAGAUCAAAGACUCGCGUGCCUGAAAAUCUACCAAAACACUCCACUGCUUCUAUCACCACUACGGAAUCAGAGACAUUGCUCUGUGGAGAAACUUUACUGAAUUUAGUAAAGUACGAUACCAAAACACACAAAUGCGAAAAUGGCAAAAUAGUAAUGAUAAGAUCAAAGACUCGCGUGCCUGAAAAUCUACCAAAACACUCCACUGCUUCUAUCACCACUACGGGAUCAGAGACAUUGCUCUGUGGGGACACUUUACAGAAUUUAGUAAAGUACGGUACCAAAACACACAAAUGCAAAAAUGGCAAAGUAGUAAUGAUAAGAUCAAAGACUCGCGUGCCUGAAAAUCUACCAAAACACUCCACUACUUCUUUCACCACUACGGAAUCAGAGACAUUGCUCUGUGGAGACACUUUACUGAAUUUAUUGAAGUACGAUACCAAAACACACAAAUGCGAAAAUGGGAAAAUAGUAAUGAUAAGAUCAAAGACUCGCGUGCCUGAAAAUUUUCCAAAACACUCCAUUUCUUCUCUAACCACUACGGAAUCAGAGACAUUGCUCUGUGGAGACACUUUACUGAGUUUAGUAAAGUACGAUACCAAAACACACAAAUGCGAAAAUGGCAAAAUAGUAAUGAUAAGGUCCAUGUUAAAUCCUACAACUAGAAUGCCAAUAACAAGUUUGCCGGAAAAGUCGAGAACAACCAGAAAGGAGAUAUCAGAAAAUACAUCAGUCGGUCAAAAGAGUAUCAAAAUGCCAUGCAGAAGAAGCGAUUUGAUAGACUGCAACGGUAUAAUGUACUGCGGAAAUAAUGGCACCUACAAAUGUUGCGGAUUUCAAACUUUCCAACCAAAACAGCAAACGUGCUGCCGAGUAACUAGUUCCAAAUAUAAAAUUCACGAUGAUAAACCAGAAAGAAAUCACAUCUGCUGCGGGGUAAAUGUAUAUCCAAGAAGAAAAUCAAAAGCACCAUGUCAACAUUCGUCUAGAAACGAUGCUUUUCUGAGUGGCAAACUUCCAAAAAUGAAGAAGAAGUUACUUGAGUCGAUGAUAUGUAAUGAAAAUAUAAUGUUUGGUAUGGGCAUUUAA